CACGUGAUUCUCUUGCAUGUUGGAUGCCCGAUUGCAUUGGGUUUAAUCUUAUUGAGGCAAUUUUAUGCCAUAUAUGCCGAAAGGAAAGAUCAGGUGCUGUGCUAGUAUUUAUGACUGGUUGGGAAGAUAUCAGUUCUUUGAGGGAUCAACUUAAAGCUCAUCCCCUUUUGGGGGAUCCUAACAGGGUUUUGCUUCUAACAUGCCAUGGAUCUAUGGCAACAUCUGAACAGAAGCUAAUAUUCAACAAACCACCCCCUAAUAUACUAAAUUGUUCUUGCUACAAAUAUGGCUGAGGCAAGCAUUACAAUCAAUGAUGUAGUUUUUGUGGUAGAUUGUGGAAAAGCAAAAGAAACCACAUAUGAUGCUCUGAAUAAUACACCAUGUUUGCUGCCUUCAUGGAUAUCUCAAGCAUCAGCACGGCAAAGAAGGGUAGAGCUGGUCGUGUGCAGCCAGGCGUAUGCUACCACCUGUAUCCCAGUUGUGUUUAUGAAUCGUUCUCUGAGUAUCAACUUCCCGAACUUUUGAGAACUCCUUUGAAUUCUCUCUGCUUGCAAAUAAAAAGUUUGCAGGUUGAAAGCAUUGGAGAAUUCUUGUCAGCAGCAUUGCAAGCACCAGAACCAUUGGCCGAAGGUUUUGGCAAUACUUCCUGUAGAUCCCAAGCUAGGGAAAUGCUAAUCAUGGGUGCCAUCUUCCGUUGCUUUGAUCCUGUAUUAACGAUAGUGUCUGGACUUAGUGUCAGGGAUCCUUUUCUGUUGCCUCAAGACAAGAAGGAUUUAGCUGGGACAGCAAAGUCCAGAUUUUCUGCAAAAGACUACAGUGAUCACAUGGCUCUUGUCCGUGCGUAUGAAGGCUGGAAGGAUGCAGAAAGAGAAGGAUCAGCAUAUGAGUAUUGUUGGAGAAACUUCCUGUCUGCACAAACUCUUCAGGCUAUUCAUUCUCUUAGGAAACAGUUUGGUUUCAUUCUAAGAGAAGCUGGCUUGGUAGAUGCAGAUGCAGCUUUGAACAAUAAAUUAAGUCAUAAUCAGUCUCUAGUUCGUGCUGUCAUAUGCUCUGGACUCUUUCCUGGAAUAUCAUCUGUUGUGCACAGGGAGACAUCAAUGUCUUUUAAAACAAUGGACGAUGGCCAGUUUUAUUAUACGCGAAUUCUGUAAAUUCACGGUACCAGACAAUUCCUUACCCAUGGCUGGUCUUUGGUGAAAAAGUAAGGUCAAUACAGUUUUCAUACGUGACUCCACUGGUGUAUCUGAUUCUAUACUGAUUCUCUUUGGCGGUGCUCUAAGCCGUGGGGCACAGGCUGGGCAUUUGAAAAUGUUGCAAGGAUAUAUUGAUUUCUUCAUGGAUUCUAGCUUGGCAGACUGCUAUUUGAAGCUCAAAGAGGAACUUGAUAGACUUAUUCAGAAGAAGCUUCAAGAUCCUAGCAUUGAUAUUCACUGGGAAGGGAAGUACCUUAUGCUUGCUGUUCAAGAACUAGUGUCUGGAGAUCUAUGUGAAGGGAGGUUUGUUUUUGGCCGCACAAGCAGGAAACCAAAGGAUUCCACUGA